UAAAAAUGAAUAUAAUAUGUUUAACCUGUGAGAGUUGUUGUUGUUGUUGUUUCUGCAAUAUCAAAUCCUUUCAAUGGUCAGUGAUCUGGUUCCCAUGUCCUCCUUGUCUCCAAACUUAAUACUCCCAGAGGGCCUGAGGCCAAAGCUUUCCCAGGUAUCAACUUUAGCUUCAAUUCCCAUCAUCGACUUAAAUGAAGAUCAACAUGGUCAUGGAAACAUAGUUCAAAAGAUAUCACAGGCUUGUGAAGAGUAUGGUUUUUUCCAGGUCAUUAACCAUGGAGUUCCUGAAGAAUUAUGCACAAGAAUGAUGAAUACCAUUACUGAGUUCUUCAACUUGCCUCCUGAAGAAAAGGCCCAGUUCUUCUCUACAGAUCCUACCAAGGAAGUCAGGAUCUUCAACUUCUACCUUAAGGUCAAAGAUCAAGAAAAUGUCAAAAUGUGGAGUGAAAGUUUCUCUCAGCCUUGGCAUCCUCAUGACAAUUUCAGUGAUCUCUUGCCCAAAAAUCCGCCUCAGUAUCGAGAGGUUUUUGGUGAAUAUGCAAAGGAGAUAGGUAAACUGAAUAAUAGGCUAUUUAGCUUGAUAUCUCAAGGGCUUGGUUUGGAGGAGGAUUGCAUACAGAAGAAACUAGGUGAUAACCCAAAAUUGAGAGCUCAAGGGAACUACUAUCCACCAUGUCCGGAGCCUGAGCUCACACUUGGACUGGCUGUUCAUACUGAUCCCAAUGCACUCACAGUGGUACUGCAAUCAGAAGGAGUGACUGGCCUCCAAGUGAUCAAAGAUGGGAAAUGGGUUUCUGUAGACCCAGUUCCCAAUGCAUUUGUUGUCAAUUUGGGUGAUCAAAUUCAGGUUCUAAGCAAUGGAAGGUACAAAAGUGUACACCACAGGGCUGUAACAAACAAAGAGAAGCUGAGGGUUUCAUUGGCAAUGUUUUAUGGACCAAACAAAGAGACUUGGAUUGGUCCAAUUGAGGAGUUGAUAGAUGAAGAACACCCUCCCGUAUAUAGGAGGUAUCGUCAAGCAGAGUUUCUUGAAGAAUUCAUGAGGCAAGAAGGAACAAGGAGGAUGGUCAAGGAAGCAUUUGAGAUACGGAAUCAAGGAAAACCCGUGAAUUGAUGUUUCCAAUUCCCUUUUCCACAAAAUAAAUUGGACACAUUUUGGUAGUAUCUUAAUAUUCUUUUCAAACAUGUUCUAUCUUUUCAAUAAGUUAAUAAAUGACAUACUUUUUUCUAAUAAAAAGCUAUUUAUUUCUCCUAA